AUGAGUGAGUUGGAAUAUGUGAAUCUUGAAAAAUAAUCAAAAGGAAAUAAAAACAGAAAUAAUAAUUAAUUCAACAGAAGAGGCAAAAGAGGAGAUAGAAACUAAUCAAAUAGAAGAAUUAGACCUGUAUGGAAAUAAAGAUAAAUACAAUAAAGAUAAUAAUAAUAGCAAGUACAUCUUUUUGAAAACAUUACAGGGAUAAUAAAGAUCAAAUAGAUUUAGAAGAAUACCAACUGGAUAAGCUAGAAGAUAAAGAAUAAAUCGAAUCUAAAAUAGGCCUAGAUAAUAGUAAAGAGAAAGAGGAAGAGAUAGAGUGAGAGAAACAGAAAGAGAUAGAGAUGAUGAUAGAGAAAGAUAAAGAGAUAGAGAUAGAAAUAGGGAAGAAUAGAGAUAUAAUAAUAGAGAUAGAGAUAGAGAAGUUAAUUCUAAAGGACCUAGACCUAAUGUUAUUGUUAGAGGAUUAGAUCCACAUUAAACAGAAACUGGACUUAGAGUAAAUAUCUUAAUUUAAUAUUUUAGGAAUUUUGUUCAUAAUAUGGACCAAUGGAGAUGUGUAAAUUAGAGAGAGACAAUUUUGGAAAUGUUAGGGUAUUAUAUUUAAAUAUUUGAAUUAUAGCCUGAAGGAAUUGGUUUGAUUAGAUUUUUUAAAUAAGAAAAUGCUGAAUUAUUUGUUUCAAAAGUUGAUGGUGAAGUAGUCAAUGUUAAUGGAGAUGAUAAGAGCGUAAAUAUUUUAUAUAAUUGGUAGUUGAGAAGACUUUCUGCUAAAUUAGUUGGGCAGAAUAAUAAAAAUAAUAAUGAUAGAUAAACUAGUGGAAUACUUAAGAUAAGUAGAGGUCCUAUUCAAAAGUAAUUAUAAUCUAACAUUAUUAGAUCAUGGAGAAGAUGAAAUGGUGAUAUAUGAAUUAAUAAUAUUUUAAACAAAUCCUAAAUAUUUAGCAUUAACUAUGGUAAAUAGCUUUAUGGAGAAGUCUUUAUAAGGAUGUAUUGUAUUUAGAUAAUAAUAAACAUACUCUUUAGACUUUAUCUAUAAACUACUAUCUUCA